AUGGCGCAGAGAAGCAGCCCCACAGUCCCCUAUGAAGUGCCUGCCCUUGCCGUUUGCUUUUUGGCAUGUGUAGCCACAGGUUUGGAAUUGUCUGUAAAUAACCAGGCUGCUGACUUCUCCCUGUCUACAUUGCCUGGCCCUCCUGUCUCCCUCUCCUGCCUAGUACAGAACAGCAGCCAGGCUGAGGAGCUGCUCUGGUACCGAGGAGAUGGGAGAGUGGAUCUGAAAGAUGGGAAUAAAGUGAACAUCAGUAACAUCUGCAUAUCCCCAGUCACCGAGUCUGACAACGGAGUGACCUUCACGUGCAAGCUGGCACGGGACAAGUCUGUCCAAGUGUCUGUGAUCCUGGAUGUCCAGUUUCCUCCCCAGCUGACUGGAGAAGAGUCCCUCCAAAUCGAAGAAGACCAAGAUGUUACUCUGACCUGCAAUGCCAAAUCCAACCCUCAAGCCCAAACAGCUUGGUACAAGAACACCACCACCUUGACCCUACAGGAAGAUCGUCACCAGUUGUACCAGACUAGUGCAGUCUCUCAGCUCUCUAUCAGAAAAGUACAGAAGUCUGACAAUGGGACCUACACCUGUGUGAUGAAAUCUUCCUUGGGAGAGGGGAGAAAGGAUUUCCACCUGAUAGUUGAAGAUAAAAAACCUGUUUUUCCCAAGGAGGCUGUCAUUGCUGCUGCCGUGGUGGUUACACUCACGGUACUUUUUGGAAUUGUGGCUCGAAAGGAUAAA